UUUUAAGUUUGAAGAUACAUUAUACAGAACUCCAUCCUAUCCCCCCCUAUUACCCAAUCUUGCUCCUCAUUUUAAAAGAAUAGAUCGAUAUAAAUCAUAGAUAUACACUAAUUAUUCCUAUUACUACUACGACUACUAUUAAAUAUAUUCAUGAUGACUAGUUUACAGUCCCCAUUCUCAUUUAGCUUCCCAAAUUCAUACCCCAACAAUACCGAUACUCCUCAUAAAUCAACCUCCUUACCUAAUGCCAAUUAUUUACCAACUCCAAGCUCAUCCAAAGCUCACAAUAAUAUAAAUUCUAAUGACUCUAUCAAUAUCAAUUCUAAUGACAAUGACACUAUCAAUACCAAUCUUAAUGACAAUAACAAUGACGAUAUCAAUCCUGAAAAUAAUUCUAAUAAUUACGAUUUAUUAAUUGGUAAAUUAAAUAUUAUGAAAUCUAAAUUAAAUAAAUUAGAUUCUAAUAAUAUUGUGGGAGAAUUGAAACAAUUAAUUGAAGAAUCUUAUCAAUUAAUUAAAAGUAAUGAUAAUUUAACUAAUGACAUCAAUGAUAACGGUAAUCCAACCAAUUAUAUUAAUAAUGGGUUUACAUUCACACCAGUAAGGAAUAACAAUAAUCGUAGUGUUCCAGAUGCAACUAUGAGUUAUAGUACUCCUCCACCAAGUUCAACUAAUGACGAUAUAUUUUAUCAGACUCCAAUCAAUAAAAUCAUAAAUAGUGAAAACUUAUUUAAGAGACAAAGACAUCAAGCCGAUCUUGAUGAUAUGAUUGAUUGGGGUAAAGAUGAUCUUGAUCAUUUCAAAUAUGUGGCCAAUGAUCCUCGUCAUAUUAAAGAUAUUUUAAGGACAUCUACUUCAACUGAUAAUUAUACCACUUCAAUUACAACCGAUCUGAAUUUAGAACAUCAAUUUGAAAUUAAUUUUGAAUUAAAUUAAAUUAAAUAAGAUCAGUAUUAUUAUAUCAAAAUGUGUUCAAAUCUCGCUUAUAUUUAUGGAUUUUUCUUGGGCUUUUAAUUCUUCGCUAUUUUAUUAACUACUACUACUUUAUUUAUAUAUAUCUAUUCUCGUUCAUUGGUUUUUAUUAUUAAUAUUGUGAUAUUUGGUAUCACCAUUUACUUCCUUAUUUUUUUUUUCUAUAUUUCUUAUUUCUUAUUUUUUGGUUUUGUAUUAUUAGGAUACCAUUUAUAUUUUUUAAAUCUGAUAAUGCUAUAUUGCUUUAUAAUUAAUUAUUUAACGAAGAUUAGAAUGUAGUUAUCUUUCGCAGCA